UAUUUCUAGCUCGCAAUCCCAGCAAAUGGGUCCAACCCAUAGAAUCCGCAGCUCUUUAUGAUUUCCAAGCUAGAAAUCCCUCAGAGCUUAGUAUACGAGCCGGACAACGAGUUCUAAUAGCGCCAAAAGAAAUACAAAACACAUUGGCUUUACUCAACACCGGCUGGGCUAUGGCUACUACUGAUGGACAAAUGACUGGCAUAAUACCCAUAAAUUAUGUAAAAUCACCACAGCAGAUGAGACAGGAGCAAUUAUCGAAACCAGCUAUGGAUAUUCAGCAUGCCAACAAUACGCCCACUCAUGUACCCAUCUCACAAGUAGAUGCUCCUCAGCCCAGCUUAAUGAAUUUAUCCACUUCAGCAUUUGCCGCGCCUCCUGCUGCUACAGCAGCCGCCAACAUUCCCGAUUUUGAUAUAGCACCACAGCCAGUAGGACCACCUAGCACCGCAAAUGUAGUCCUGCAAAAUGGGGUUUAAAGGUUAGAAUAGUUAAAUGGUAUAAGGGUGUCCUUUUCCUGUACACAGUCAUACCAGCCAGGCCUAGUUUUCAUUCAGGUGUUUUUUUUUAAAUAUUUACAAAAUAACGAUUUAGUUUUUAAGUUUGAUUUUUGUUUUGUUUAAAAAUGAAUUCUACUUAAACUCAGUUUUAAGAUUUUUCAAAUUUUUUCGCCUUAACUUAAUUCUGGGUAUUUUUUAGGAAACUAUAUUGAUAAGGUUAUUAUUGUGUACAAUUUAAAUAAAAAUCAGUAGUAUUGAAUUAUAUAUAAAAUAUUUAAAUAAUAAAA